CCGUCAGACUGAUCCCUUCUAGCGAGAGGCUUGGCCCCUAGAACGACAAACGCAGAAGUUCAGUUUCGUAUCAGAGUUCAAAGCAUUCAGACGUGUUUUGCAAUCGCUCCUCGUCCAGUCGUUUUUCAAUCAAGCCGUCGUUACUUACGUAGAAUCGUGUGUUUACUUGUGAAGUGAUCUUGUGUGAAGUGUUGUUCAAAGACUGUGGAAACAUGGCAAUCGCAUUCUAUAUUCCCGCCAUCGAUGAUGAAAUCGAGAAGCAGUAUCAGUUGCAAAUGAUGCAACAGCAGCAGCAGAUUUUAAUGCAACAACAGCAAAAUCAGAACCAAAUCAGUUCGCCACCGCCGUCGCCAACAAGUCCAAUGGAGUCAAUUCCACCAACUCCUCCACUGACUCCGACGAUGACUCAAGUCAGCCUUCACCACAACCGCUACCAUCUGGUGCAGGCCUUUCAUGAGAUUCUGUUCCGUCACGCUCAAGAAAAUAACCCAACUCGUUCCCGCUGUCUGCUGUGCAACAAGCUAUACUACUUGCUGCGAAAGGUGUAUUAACUACCCUGUUAAGUUCCCGCCAAAAGCAAAACAAUUCAAAGUUCAGUUCCAAAAGUUAACUACAUAAAGUGACUUUACCCAAACGUUGUUCGAGCUGCUCCAGCGAAAUGAUGGGAUAUUCAUUUGCGCGAACAUGCCAACGCUGGAUGCGGCCCUAGUGGAUGUUCUGAAUCCAGACAACGCCCCUCAUUAUCCCUGUGUGGAUUGGGUCUUCCGAUCAAGGAAGAUAAUGAUUCUGACGUGUCCGGUUGGAAGCAACGGCGAUCUUCGGGAACGUCACUCGGAGAGUAGCGCCCAGGUUGCAGUGUUUGGUUUGACGCUUCUUGAAAAAGAAGAACUUGGUGAAACUGAAGCAAAUGUGUGAUAAUGGUUAGUGAUAAAUGUGAACAAGUGACACUCUAGACACUUUGCUGUCUUAAAUAAAUAGUAAUUAAAGUAA